CGUAGAACACAUUGAUAGUCAAAACCAUUCAAUUAUCGAAACACCAACUACAGAAAUCAUUGAGACUUAGUGCAGAAAAUCCGUUAAAAAAUACAGCGUGAUCAAAAAAGUGAUUUUGUGUAGUAAAUAAAAAUUUCUAAUAAAAUAUAAUGACAUUUGUGAAAGUGUUUCCUUUACUAGUAACCGCUGCAGUUAUUCAAAUAUGCAAUGGUUACCGAAUCUUAGGAAUUUAUCCAUUCCAAGGGAGAAGUCAUUUUAUGGUACUCAAUCAGUUAUUUAAAGGACUUGCACGAAAAGGGCAUCAAGUUGACUUAAUAAGUGUCCUUCCUCUAGAAGAAAAUCAUCCAAAUUAUACGAGAAUUAUUGAGCUUCCGAAUAAUAUAGCAAUAUUCAUGGAAGCAUUGCGAUCUGAAAAUUCACAAUCGCUGUCUAGAAACAUUCCUCUAAUGCUUGGUAAAGUUGGUUAUAAAUUAUGUGAAUCCAUGGAAGCUCCAGAAUUUUUAGAUUUAGUACGUAAUCCGCCAAAAGAUAUACCAUACGACGUCAUUAUAACGCAGACAUUAUGCUAUCCCUGUUUUACGAUUCUUGGAUAUUUGUGGAACAUACCAGUUGUAGUUAUAAGUACAACAUCUCUUUAUCCAUGGAUGCAUGGAAUGAUCGGAAAUCCUGAUAAUACUGCAAUUUCUCCUAAUAAUUUAAUAUCCAUCCCAGAAGGAAAUAAUUUUUGGACACGACUUGUCAAUACAUAUUUAUUUUAUUAUAUAAAAUUACUUUAUUUCUACUAUACAUCUAAUCAAGAUCAUUUGUUACAAAAAUUAUUCGGUCCUAAUGUUCCGUCCAUCCGUGAACUUGAGCAAAAUAUAUCUUUAAUAUUGAUGAACACAUAUUUUCCAUUAAAUGGGAUUAAGCCAAUGACAACGGGAUUGGUGGAAGUUGGUGGCCUCCAUAUCCAAAAUGAUGGUCCUGAUCUACCAGAUAAUUUGAAAAAAUGGCUAGAUAAAAGUAAAGAUGGUGUAGUUUAUUUUACAUUGGGUUCCAUGUUUCGAAUAGAAACACUGGCUGUUGAAAAAGUAGAAAUAAUAUUCAAAUCAUUGGAAAAAAUUGCACCUAAACAGGUUUUGAUAAGAAUUGAAAAACCUGACGAAUUGAAUGUUACAAUUCCAAAGAAUUUUCAUCAUUUGCUAUGGAUGCCACAAGAAAAAAUACUUCAACACCCAAACGUUAAAGCAUUUAUAACACACGGAGGUUUACUUGGAACACAGGAGUCUAUUUAUUACGGCGUACCAAUGAUUUGUUUACCACUGGUAGUGGAUCAGUGGACCAAUGCCAAUUCAUACGUAUCGAAGAAGAUCGCUAUUACAUUAGAUAUUACGAAGGUUACUGAAGAUGAAUUCGAUUUUGCACUCGGUGAAAUUUUGAAUAACAGUAUUUACAGAGAAAAUGUAAAAAGACUAUCAGGUUUAUUCCGAGACCGUCCGCAGAGUGCUAUGGACACGGCAGCUUUUUGGAUAGAAUUUGUAAUCCGAAAUGGUAAGGAUUCUCUGAGAUCUCCUGCAAUGGAUUUAACUUGGUGGCAACUGGCGCUACUAGAUGUACACGCAAUUGCGAUAGCAGGAAUACUAACUACAGUUCAUAUAACCAUUUUAAUAUUGAAAACGUUUGUUAGACUCAUUUACCUACAGAAGAAAAAACUAGUAGUGCUCCACAAUAAGAAGAAAUUAUUAUAGUUAUUUUAUUUAUUAGAAUAUUCUACAGAUUACCAUGUGCAAUCUUGACCGAAUUUCCAACUAAUUAUUUAUGCCUGUCAGAAUGUAAGGCAAACCCUUUAAAUAGUAUAUACAAAUAUAAUUUCAAAGUUAUAGAUUGUAAGACAUAAAUCUUGUUUGAUAAAGCGUUGUAGUAAUUAUGCAAAAUUAUAUAUAACUAUGAGAACUUGAAGACAAAUAACUUUCUCAUAACCAUUGCGAUGGCGGCGCUCAUAGUGUAAAUUCGCUUACGGCUAUGCUUAAGUUAUACUAGCGAAUAGAAGCGCCACACAGCCGUCCGAUAAUUACUCUGUUUUAACUUGCAAGUUGAAAGCAAUUAAGCGACAGAAGUACAGUUAUAUCCGUUGCUUCCCGCUGGGAUUCUCAAUAAAUAGUGGGAAUUUCAUAAGCAGCAAGUAAACGCUGCGGAUUUUGGCAGCGCGCGCAAAGUACGAGCGUUACAUGGGCAAACAGACAGCCGAUUGCCGGCCUUUGGCGAUACGGUCGGCUUACACUUUGCGUUGGCGUACAAGGUCUUCACUUACAACUAUCUCAGCAGCAUCGAAAUUGCUUUCAUCGGCCAGAAAAAUUUCUACUAGCCGCAAGCAACAGAGGGGAAAAAAACAUCCAUUAAGUUUGCCAGGCAAACCGCAGCACCUACGCUUAUAUUACUUUCGGCAUAUCUGACCCAUUCGAUCUUCAUGUUUCUAGGCGCUCCCGUGCAAAGCUGGUAUUUGCAAAGUUACGCAGCGAGCCGCGCGGAUGUGUGUGCGAGCGCGCGCCCAAAUACCGGUAAACCCGUGGCCGCGCAUUCCCUUUGAUGCCCAUAAGGGAUGCCAGAGCCGCACGAAAAAUCAUAAUUGGGACUUGGGCGACGAUAACCAUGCUUCGGACUCUUUUUUUCUGUGUCAGAAAAUUACGACCACUCGCGUGAGCGCGAACAAUGCAUUUGCAAUGCACAUAAUGAUCGGAUGCACGGCUGUUCUCACGGUAGUUUAUACGUUUGAGGAAGAUGCAUAAUACUAAUUGCGCGUGGCUUGUGAGAAAUUCGAGUCGAUUAGGCAAAUUUUCAGUGCUAAAAAUAACGAUUAUAAAUUCUUGACGCACGCUUGUGCGGUCAUGUGAACCUUUAAAAUACUAAAAGUCUAACGAAUUAAUUCUGUUAUUGUUUUUUAAUAAAAUAAUAAAUUGCUUUUCAUACGAAAGCAUAUUUCGUUGAAAUGUGCUGAAACAACCGCGAAGAAUCGCGAAAUAACAAGUGUAUGUUUAAUUUUUAAAUUUCAAUAAUAUCCGUAUAUAUAUAUAUAUACACACCUUCCCUCUUCCCCCUCGACAACGUGUCCACUUUAUUUGACACGCUCGUUGGUUUUUUAAACAAAUAACGAAUCCAAACGAAUUUCACGGCCGAGUCUCCGAAACAAUUAGCGAUUUUUUGCUACGACUGUACUUUUAUACGCGAAAAUAGUGAAAAAAUUAAUUGCACGAGCGAGUAGAAUAUUUUACAAUCUAAGUGCUGUAUACUAAUCAAUAAGUUCAUCACU